AUGGCAGUGGCUGCAGGCUCUUUAGAGUCAUUUGACCCCAAGCGGCACGGUUUCACCAAGUAUGUGCAACGCAUCAAACUGUACUUUGAAGCGAACAACAUAGCAGCAGGAAGACAGAAGUCAGUCUUUUUAUCAGCACUGGGAUAUGAAACAUUCGAAGUAAUAUCGAAUAUGGUGACAGCGGCAGAGCUCACGAGCAAGACAUUAGAUGAACUGGUAACCCUUCUUACCAAUCUAUUGCACCCCAAAGCUUCGAUUGUGACAAAGCAAUACAGAUUUGGUUGCUGCAGACAGAGAGAGGAAGAAUCCAUUGCCGAUUAUGUCGCCGAUUUAAGAAGACUGGCCAUGCGAUGUGAUUUCAAGCCUGCAGCACUGGAUGAGACGCUACGAGACCGUUUCAUUUGCGGUCUUUCUGAAGAGUUCAUCCACAGUAAACUUUUGACAGAAUCUGAUGACCUUAAAUUUGAUACAGCGGUACAGAUGGCCACAAUGAUAGAAGAUGCCAAGAGGAGUGCUCAAUUCAUGCAACAGCAUGAGCCAAAUUCAACCAAGGAGACACAGGAUGUCAAUCAGUCCACCACACGCACACGAGAGCAUAUCAGUUGUUAUAGAUGUGGUGGUUCUCACUUAGCAAACAAGUGUCGAUUUAUCAAAAAAAGAUGCCGUGCUUGUGGGAAAAUGGGCCAUAUCGCUCGAGUCUGCAGAUCAAAGACUAUGA